CCUCACCAGUAUGGCGCUACGCGCUCAAACAUUAACAUUUAUCGUAAUGUCGGUACUGUAAACAUACAUUUGUUUAAUGUGUACUCAUGAUCGUGGGUUGCGCGCGAAUUUUCAAUAAGUUAUUUACAACAAUAAGACUUGAAAAAAAUUUUGUUGAUGAUAUUCAUUAAUAGUUUUUCGUUUGUUCGUUUAGUUACAAAAUAUUGGAUUGUUUGGUUUUAAUGUUUGCGAAUGAAAGACAUCGAGAAUCUAAGUCAAAUGUGGACACGGUUGUUACGAGCUCGUGCUCAUUAGCCUAGAGAAUAAGUGUGAAAAAAGUUAACAGACAACUAUUAAAAUUUGGUUGUUAAAUUAGAUUAAUCCCGAUAAAUUAAUUCAGGAGUUGAUUGUAACAGAGUGAGAACGGGUAAUUAACAUAAAUAAAUAGGGAUGCCUGGAUAAUUAAUAGAGGAUCGUAGAACUAGCAACGAGAGUUGCUGCUUAGUUGUAGCAUUGACCUCCCACGAGGCUUAGUGGGACAUAGCGGCGGUGGUGUGAACAGUAAGCAAGAUGGCAUGCCCAUUCUCACGUGGAUUCACCAGGACCAAAUUGGAAAGUGAUCGCGAAGGGUGUGAUGACGAAGGCUCCAGUGGGAGGAAAUUUAGCAAUGAUUCUAUUGGGAAACUGCCCUGUAAAAGUGAGAGGUUCAGAACUUGCAGACAAUCCUCCAUUCAAAUCACCUCAUCGCUACUAGGAGAGGAGAUCGACGAUCAAGAAGACACUCAGACUCUUAAUCUCAAACAUCUCAGAGCUGCUGUCCUCAUUCUUACUAAACCAUCGAAUGAAGUAAUAGCUGUCGCCCUAAGUGCUCUUUUGAGUCAGAUUGAAAUUCCACUUUCAACUUCCAUGUCGCUAGAGAAAUUACUCUACAACGUUGACUGUGAAGAGAACUACAAUUUGCUUGAGGAUAUUUACGAGACCUUAAACUAUGAUUGCGAUAUCGAAGUGAACGUGAUUUUGGAUCACUUGGGUCAGGAAUUAAUUUCAACAGCCUGCGUAGGUCUACUCGAACGUGCAUUUCGAUGUCUCGGAAAUGACCUGAAAGCAUUUUUAACGACACUCGACGGCGUGAAUGAUGUGGUACAACAUCAAUCUGGUACAAAUACAGAAGCUGAAUUUGUGUGUAUGGCUACUCCGGAUGCAGUCGAGCUUCAUUUUACGACUGAUCAUCCCUCCAUUGCUUAUUUACUCGCCGGUAGCCUCAAAGGCAUCGCUCGCCAAUUUUAUAAUGACAAAGCUGAUGUUUAUAUUCUUCCUGAUCCGUACAACACAAAAUUUUUUAGGUAUCGAAUCACACCAGAGCGCUACGAGUACAUGGGCACAACACGUGACGAUUCUAGUGAAGUCGUAGCUCCAGAAACCCGAAGAUUGUCCGAAAAAGCAGUUGAUCUACGGAUGGGAGUAGCGAGUUUUUGCAAAGCAUUUCCCUGGCAUUUUGUUGUGGAUCGAAAGCUUGAAAUAGUGCAACUUGGGGUCGGGUUCAUGCGCAUCUUCGGUCAUAAUCUCAAUAGACUUGGUCGUGAAAUAUCGACGUAUUUUGUAUUCACGCGACCUCGUGGUGUUACACUUACAUUUCAUGAGAUUUUAAAACGUGCGAAUACACCCUUUGUAUUGGCACUGCAGAAGCCACCGGGUGCUGAUAAAUUUCCGGCUGAGGGACUGGAAUUGAAGGGUCAAAUGGUGUACUGUUCAGAAUCAGAAUCAAUUUUAUUCGUCAGUUCGCCGUUUCUCAAUGGCCUGGACGGUCUCACAGGACGAGGUCUAUUUAUUUCGGACAUUCCGCUUCAUGACGCCACAAGGGACGUCAUUUUAGUUGGCGAACAAGCUAGGGCUCAGGACGGGUUGAGACGACGUAUGGACAAAUUGAAAAGUUCUAUUGAGGAGGCUAACCGUGCUGUCGACGCUGAGAGAGAAAAAAAUGUUAGUUUACUACAUCUUAUAUUUCCACCUGAUAUAGCUAAACGACUUUGGCUCGGCGAAACGAUCGAGGCAAAGACCUACCCGGAUGUUACGAUGCUCUUCAGUGAUAUAGUAGGAUUCACCGCAAUAUGCUCCACCGCCACACCAAUGAUGGUUAUCAAUAUGCUACAGAAUCUAUACGAACGUUUUGAUCAGUAUUGCGGUCAAUUGGAUGUCUAUAAGGUCGAAACAAUAGGGGAUGCUUACUGUGUCGCUUGCGGUUUACACAGAAAUACGAGCACACAUGCGCAACAAAUAGCCUGGAUGGGUUUAAAAAUGAUCCAGACAUGUUCCAAACAUUUGACACACGAAGGAAAACCCAUUAAGAUGAGAAUUGGAAUUCAUACUGGGAUGGUACUAGCUGGAGUAGUUGGUAAAAAGAUGCCAAGAUAUUGUCUCUUUGGACACAACGUCACUAUUGCUAACAAAUUUGAAUCAACUAGUGAGCCGUUGCGGGUCAAUGUCAGUCCAACAACUUAUGAACAUCUCAUCAAAACACCAGGAUUUAUCCUAGAAAAAAGAUCUCGAGAUAAUCUUCCGAAAGAAAUUCCAUCAAGUGAACCAGGCACUUGUCAUUUUCUCAAUGGUUAUCGCCAUCCAGGCGUCGAUGAAAGUAACCCACUGGAUGCUCAUAUUCAAGCAGCCGUUACAGAGUAUGAUAUUACUUGUGGCAUGUAGAUAUAAUAAUAAUAAUAAUAAUAAUAAUAAUAA